UGCAUCUUCAGUCGACCAUUAUCCACGCAUCACACUUGCAGGCAAGUCUGGCUUACGCCUAGUCGGACUGGUAUCACUCGCAGCUACCGAUAGAUACCAAGCUCGACCAGAUUCAGAGACAAUCGGAUUUUACGACAUGAGCGACAAUGACGAUCUGGCCGAUCGGCCGGUCCACCCUCCAGAAGACGCACCACCACAAGACGCGACCACUACUACCACCACCGAAGAGGCCGAACCGCUCCUCGAGAAUGACGACCAAAACGAUGGACUCAGUCUCGCAGCUGCUCUCAGUGCACUCCCACCCGAUCCUGAAGAGGAUGGGAUGGGAGCCAGUGCACACUUUGACCCGGACAUGCUUGCAAACCUAGCAGCAUUGAGCAACAUUCCCCACGACGAUGAUGAACCUGUCGAGGAAGUCGCCGAGGAACUCGAGGGCGACAAGGAGGCCGAGGAGGCUCCACUUGUUCUGGAUGAGGCUGAGCAAGACUACUCGAGCCUGCUCAUCCCUCCAGCCGAGCCCUUGGCUGGCGAACAGGGAGAGGAGUUCGUCCUCGAUAUCCCCGCAGGCGACGACCAAGAGCUGCAGGGCGGCGAGGAGGAAGUGGAGUUGCGAGGCGUAGAAAGCGAAGGGGACAUGUCGGAAGACGAUGAGUCGCGUCCGACCACACCUGGGGUACCGGGAGACCGACGAGAUAGAUGGGUGGAUGGCGAAUACCGGCCAAGAUUGUACUACGAAGGGGGCAAGCUCAAACGAAGGCGGAACAGGACAGUCUUCAUUAAGCGUGGCGUACCGAGUAUGUGUCGCAUGGAUACACCUACCAUCCCCCAACGAAAGAGGAGAAAACCAAACGACGAGGUUCCUGUCAACUACGAACUUGGAUUGCGCGUACAGGCGCUCGAAUCGCUCAUUCGCUCCGGAGGAACUGUGGACGCGGCAGCUGCCUCGGCCGCUGCCAUGGAAACCAUCAUGCAUGCGACUCGCGCCGCCAACAAUGGACAACCAGAGGCAGCUCAUGCGCUCCAGCAACUGUCACAAAGCGCUGCUACUGGGCUGGGUAUUGGAGGCAUGAGUCAGGAUGCUCAGAGCAGUCUGCUCUUGGACGUCUUGCAACAGCUCUCCGCUGCCAGCAUGGGCCGUCCACAGUCUGAAUCACAACAGCCUGACGACGGCAGCGUCUCAGAAAUGCGCGCAACAUGGUCUGCUGUUCCAGCCGCCCCUGCUGAGAGCUCGGUCCAGGUUGAGCAAGCGUUUGAAGAGGAUCAAGCGGCCCAGAAACUCAACAUCGCGCUACCAGUGCUCUUGGACGACAGUGGAAAGGCCUACUUGCCGCCCACUGUGAAGUAUGCCGAGAAGAAGCUCCGGGAGGAGUCAAUGUUCACCUACGAAACACUUCCAGUUGAGGGGUACACUCCAUUCUUGGAGUCUGGUACCAAAUUCGCCUACGGCGAAGACAGCCAGGCUAUCAAGCGAAACCAUGUUGCUGCCAUUCAAGCAAUGUCAACAACCGGGGGUUUGCGACUCGCCGCAACAUUCUUGUCACGCUUUCCUAUCGUCACUACUGCACAGCGGUCGAUUUACAUCCCCACUCCGACCACCGACGAAGACGUCGCGGUUCUAAGGGACGCCGGGCUUGACAUCAAAAUGUACCGCUUCCACGACCUCAAGACUGGAAUGGUGGACUGGGAGGGCAUGCGCGACGACCUGCAGCAGGCACCCGCCCGAUCUGUUGUCUUGCUGCAUGUCAGCGGCUCAAUACCAACAGGCGCCGAGCCGACAGCGGCCCAAUGGCGACUCCUCACUGCCCUCCUGCAAGAACGUCACCUCAUCCCGCUUGUUGUUAUGGCGUUCCAAGGAUUGACGACCGGGGAUGCUGGCCGUGAUGCUCAGCCCCUGCGUUUCAUGGUCCACGAAAAUCUGCCUGUAGUUUUGGUGCAGAGUUUUGAAGCUAUGAUGGGCUUGUACGCCGACAGUCCCGCCAUUGUUUCUGUCCCAACCCUCAGUAUCGAGGAUCGCGACCGCAUCGACUCUCAACUCCGGAACAUUGCAAGGUCGAUGUAUGCGCGGCCGUCCACUUGGGGAGCGCUUCUGGCGAACGCGGUUCUCUCAGACACGAAGCUGUAUGCGGCUUGGUUGGGCGAAAUCAAAGCCCAGUUUGAGCGCCUGCGGAGUGUACGCGAGAAGCUGUUCGAAAUCUUGGUAAACAAGCUAAAAACGCCUGGCACCUGGUCCUAUUUGAAGCGAAUCUCGGGCAUGUACUGCUCGAUCUUGCUGCCUCAGGCACAGCUCGAUGCGCUCACGAGCAAGCGAAACGUUCACAUCUUGCCAGAUGGCUGCAUCUCCUUGGGAUGUUUCAACAACUCGGCAAAAAUCGACAUGUUUGCACGUGCUCUCGACUAUGUGGUCCGCGAAGGCAUCCGCGAGGCUGAGGAGCAGCAGGCACAGACACUGGCCAUGGAGCAGGCGCUCCAGGCCGCCAAGGAGCAGCAAGAACGCGAGGAGGCCGAAGCCAGCGCCGCUGCUGCCGCCGCCGAAGCCGCUGCCGCCCAGGCAGAAGAUGCGCUGCUCAUGGAGGCAUCCAUCCAGAAUGCCAUUGACGCGCAGAGAGUGGAAGAAGAGGAGGAGGUUAGGCGAGAGGAGGAGGCGCGGUUGUUGGAGGAGCAGGUGCGCAAGGCUGCUGAACGGGCGGAGAUUGCCCGUCAGGCCGAGCUCAUCUUAGCUUCCAUUGAGUAGAAGACUUUUGGGUUUUUGAAGGAACGC